CAGGUUCCCUUUAUCUUCAAAGGGACUUCAGUGUCCAAUUGUGUUCAGAGUCAGAAGCAACCUCAUUACUGGUGGCAAAUCACCUUGGUCGUAGAGUUGAGGCUUCAUAAUGUUAUAUUAGAAAUAGAUUGCAAACAUCAUAUCUAUGAUAGUUUUCAUUCGGGUUUAAUUGUAAGGAUAAACUUGCUUUGAUAAACAACUCAUCAUUGAGUUUGAGUUUGGUUCUAAUCUAUAGUAUGUUUGAGUAUCCUGUAGGGUAGUCUUCAAAUUGCGUUUUAUGAAUGCAAUAAAAUGUGCAGUUAAAAUUGAAGCCCUGUUUUUUCAGACCCAUUUUUCUUUCCCCACCCCACUUGUCCUUUUCUGCCUCAGCGGAAAACCCACUUCCAAACUUCUGUUCCUAUCUCUCUCCACACUUCUGGGGACACUGUUGUUGUCGUUUUCAUCUGUGUCACUUCCUAGCUCUCGGUUUCAUUUAUUACAUGUUGUCGAUCUGUGUGUUGUUGGGUCCAGAAACAAGGCAUGGAGGUUAAGAUUCAGAAAACGUUGUCAAUGUGCAAGAAUUUGAUGAAGGAGGUAAAGACAUGGGGUUGUUUGCAGCAGACAGGGCUGAGUUUACGAUAUAUGAUGGAGUUUGGUUCCAACCCCACUCCCAAGAAUUUACUCAUCUCUGCUCAGUUCCUUCACAAAGAGCUUCCCAUUAGAAUUGCAAGGAGAGCCAUUGAGCUUCACACUCUCCCUCAUGGCUUGUCUCACAGGCCUCCUGUCUUGAAGAUGGUUAUUGAUCAUUAAACUUUGUGCUACUGUUUUAUGUUUUUAUGUUAAAGAUUGGUACUUGGAUUCUUUCCGUGAAAUUAGAUCUUUUCCUGAGAUGAAGAAUAUGAAUGACGAGAAAGAAUUCACUGAACUGAUUAAGUCCAUCAAGGUGAGACACAACAAUGUGGUACCUACAAUGGCCUUGGGUGUUCAGCAAUUGAAGAAUGUUUUUGAGGACCCUGAUGAGAUUGAUGAGUUUCUUGAUCGCAUUUACAUGUCAAGAAUUGGAAUCCGUAUGCUCAUCGGACAGCAUGUUGAGUUGCACAAUCCCAAUCCUCCUCCCAGUUGUGUAGGUUAUAUACAUACAAAUAUGUCUCCUGUGAAUGUGGCAAGGAAUGCUAGUGAGGAUGCACGUUCUAUGUGUUAUGGUGAAUAUGGAAGUGCUGCAGAUGUUCGAAUUUACGGGGAUCCUGAUUUUACUUUUCCGUAUGUUCCAGCUCACUUGCAUCUUAUGGUUUUUGAGUUGGUUAAGAACUCACUGCGUGCUGUCCAAGACCAUUUUAUGGACUCUGACGAAGUUGCUCCUCCCAUUAGAAUAAUAACAGCAGAUGGAAUAGAGGAUGUUACCAUAAAGGUCUCAGAUGAGGGAGGUGGAAUACCAAGGAGUGGUCUUCCAAAAAUAUUUACAUAUCUCUACAGUACAGCCAGAAAUGCAUCGUGGGAUGAAAAUGAACCUUCUGAUCUUGGAACAACCGAUAAUAUAAGUGUAAAAAUGGCUGGAAAUGGUUAUGGACUUCCUAUUUGCCGCUUGUAUGCUAGGUAUUUUGGUGGCGAUCUUCAAGUAAUCUCUAUGGAAGGAUAUGGGACUGACGCAUAUCUCCAUUUGUCUCGUUUGGGGGAUUCGCAAGAACCUUUGCCCUGAAAGUAAAAUGACUUGGGUAAAUAUUGUGCACGGAGAAGCACCAAAACGAUGCAGACGCGGGCAAUAAGAACUGUUUCUGUCAAUGCUAUUUUGAUUCUAACAAUUUGGGACUUUGUUAUAGACCAAUAUGUUUCCUGCUAGCCAUGGAGAAUCUAAUUAAGAAAAGCAAAAAGAAUUUAUCUUAUACAAAAGUGUAACUUUUAAGGAUAUUUUCAUGUUAACUACUUUGGGGGUGUAAUUAAAGUUCUGUUUAAACCAAGAGAGAAUAAAGAUUUUUAACCAAA